ACUAAGCAUAAAGGAGAGGAAAAAUUAAAGUCCUCGAUCUGAUUCCCUCUUCUGUGUCUGUUUUUCAUGUUAGUAGCACCAGCCAGGAUUUCACUAAGCUCUGCAGCUUGGAUAAGGUCCUCAACAAAUGACUUCCCCCCCAUGAUAUCAGAUCAUUACAACUGUAGACUUCUGAGCUGCUGCUUAUCCACCCUCCUUUAAAGUCUGGCUAUUUGGAACGGUCCAUUCAUUGCAGUAACAAAGGGUUUGGACAGUUGUGAUUUUCCACUCUCUCUGACCGGAACCCAACAUUUCACCAAAAUCGCCACCUAACACAGCAAGUCCAUGGCGCCCUGUUCCUGACGACGCAUGCUUCACUCUGGGGUGCUCUAGGCAGCAGACGGCGUCUCCAUGAGGAGCAGUAGAAGAUGCCGGAACUGCCAGCAGUGCUGCUGUCGAUUCACGUCCACUUCCUGCUAGUUACUGUGCUUAACAUGCCGCCUUGUUCUGUAAGCCAGACCCCUGUCCUGUCAUCUGUGCGAAUGGCGGCAAUUUUGGAUGACCGCUCUGCCUGUGGCCGUGGAGAGCGGUUGGCUUUAGCUUUAGCACGGGAGAACAUCAACAGCAUGCUGGAGGGACCAGCUCGUGCUCGCGUGGAUGUAGAAGUCUUUGAGCUCCAGAAAGACUCUCAGUAUGAGACCACAGACACCAUGUGCCAGAUUCUGCCUAAGGGUGUUGUUGCUGUGAUUGGCCCCGCCUCCAGUCCUGCCUCAGGUUCUACUGUCAGUCACAUCUGUGGGGAGAAGGAGAUCCCUCAUGUGAAGAUCGGUCCUGAGGAGACUCCACGGCUGCCUUACCUGCGUUUCGCGUCCGUCACAUUGUAUCCUAGCAACGAGGAUCUGAGCUUGGCCGUGGGUGCCAUCCUACGCUCUUUCAGCUACCCAUCAGCCAGUCUGGUCUGUGCCAAGGCUGAGUGUCUGCUGAGAUUGGAGGAGCUGGUGAGGCGUUUUCUCAUCUCCAGGGAAACACUGUCUGUCAGAAUGCUGGAUGAUGAUCUCGAUCCCACAUCCUUACUGAAAGAGAUCCGCGAUGAUAAAAUAGCUACAAUCAUCAUUGAUGCUAAUGCUUCUGUGUCAUACCUGAUUCUGAAAAAGGCAUCUGAGUUAGGGAUGACAUCAGCAUUUUACAAGUACAUCCUCACCACCAUGGACUUUCCUUUGCUGUGGUUGGAUGAUGUGGUAGAUGAGCACUCCAACAUUGUGGGCUUCUCAAUGUUCAACACCACUCACCCAUUUUACCUGGAGUUUAUCCGGAGCCUCAACCUGUCCUGGAGAGAAGGCUGUGACCUUAACCCAUACCCAGGACCAACGCUGUCUUCAGCUUUGCUGUUCGAUGCCGUCCAUGUGGUAGCGAGCGCCGUACAGGAGCUGAACAGAAGUCAGGAAAUCGGAGUGAAACCCUUAAGCUGCUCCUCUCCGCAGAUCUGGCAACAUGGGACCAGUCUCAUGAACUACCUGCGCAUGGUGGAGUAUGAUGGUUUAACAGGCCGUGUUGAGUUUAACAGCAAAGGCCAGAGAACCAACUACACCCUGCAUAUCCUGGAGAAACAUAAAUCAGGCCACAAACAGAUUGGUAUUUGGUAUUCUAACAACACCCUGGUCAUGAACUCCACCAGUCUGGAUAUCAAUGUCUCUGAAACUUUGACCAACAAGACCCUCAUUGUCACCACCAUACUGGAGAACCCGUAUGUGAUGAGGAAAGCAAAUUAUCAGGAACUAGAGGGGAAUGAGCAGUAUGAAGGCUUCUGUGUGGACAUGCUGAAGGAAUUAUCAGACAUUCUGAAGUUUACUUAUCGAAUCAAACUGGUAGAUGACGGUCUAUACGGAGCUCCAGAACCCAACGGUUCCUGGACUGGCAUGGUGGGGGAGCUUAUCAACAGAAAAGCGGAUUUAGCCGUAGCUGCUUUCACUAUCACCUCUGAGAGAGAGAAAGUCAUCGAUUUCUCCAAACCUUUCAUGACCCUGGGCAUCAGUAUUCUUUACCGAGUUCAUAUAGGUCGAAAGCCGGGUUAUUUCUCAUUCCUGGAUCCCUUCUCUCCGGCCGUUUGGCUUUUCAUGCUGUUGGCCUACCUGGCUGUCAGCUGUGUGCUUUUCCUCGCUGCUAGGUUAAGCCCUUAUGAGUGGUAUAACCCUCACCCGUGCUUGCGGGAACGCCGGGACCUGCUGGAGAACCAGUACACACUAGGAAACAGUCUGUGGUUUCCAGUGGGAGGCUUCAUGCAGCAGGGAUCAGAAAUCAUGCCUAAAGCUCUGUCUACACGCUGUGUUAGCGGAGUCUGGUGGGCAUUCACUCUGAUCAUCAUCUCCUCGUAUACAGCCAAUCUGGCUGCAUUUCUGACAGUGCAGAGGAUGGAGGUCCCCAUCGAGUCACCCGAUGACCUGGCAGACCAAACCAACAUUCAGUAUGGCACUAUACAUGGUGGGAGUACCAUGACCUUCUUCAUGAACUCGCGUUACCAGACAUACCAGCGCAUGUGGAACUACAUGUACUCCAAGCAGCCCAGUGUGUUUGUGAAGAGCACAGAGGAAGGCAUUGCUCGUGUACUGAACUCUAAAUACGCCUUUCUUCUGGAGAGCACCAUGAAUGAGUACCACCGCAGUCUCAACUGCAAUCUCACACAGAUUGGGGGACUGCUGGACACCAAGGGCUAUGGCAUUGGCAUGCCUCUUGGCUCUCCCUUCAGGGAUGAGAUCAGUCUGGCUGUUCUGCAGCUGCAAGAAAAUAAUAGGCUGGAGAUUUUGAAGAGAAGGUGGUGGGAGGGAGGGCAGUGCCCCAAAGAGGAGGACCACAGAGCUAAAGGUCUAGGAAUGGAGAAUAUUGGUGGGAUCUUUGUGGUAUUGAUCUGUGGAUUGAUCAUUGCUGUGUUUGUGUCAGUGAUGGAGUUUGUGUGGUCCACACGGCGCUCUGCUGAAACAGAUGAGGUGUCUGUGUGUCAGGAGAUGUUGAACGAGUUUCGGAAUGCUGUGUCAUGUAAGAAGAGCUCUCGUUUGCGCCGACGUCGGCCUCUAUCAAGCUCUUUAGCCCUGCGACACCCGGCCCGCCUCAGCUUGGGGGCCUCACGUCCCCUGCGCCUGGUCAGAGAGAUGCGCCUCAGCAAUGGCAAGCUCUACAGUGGUGCUGGGCCUUUAACAGGAGGCUCUGGAGGUGCAGGAGGCCCCUCAGAGCUUGGUCCUGGACCUCAGCGUCUCUUAGAGGAGCCUCUGGGGGCCAAGAGUACACCCGCAGGGCCUCUAGGCCCCCCUGCAGUGACUGUGCCUCUACCACGAGGCUGCACUCAUGUACGAAUUUGCCAGGAGUGCCGGCGCAUACAGAGCCUACGUACAACCUCGUGCUCCCGCAUCCCUCCAUCCUCGGCACCGCUGCCUCGUCUAGCUCCGCCCCCGCCACGCUCCUCCUCCAACACAGACAGCGAGGGGGGUGGCGGGCCUAGCCCGCGCCGAAGAGGCCACUCCCCUCCUCCGAGAGCCUGUGCACUCCCACCCCCUCAGAGCACCGCAAAUACAGACCUACUGGGAGGCCAGGACUGAGAGAAUGAGAGGGAGAGAGACAGAGACAGAGGGAGGAGUUCAGGAACGGACAGAUUGGGGACAUACUGCUCUGCAAGGACAAUUCAACAUGUGGAUCAGGAUGACAAAAUGUAGAAGAGGGACUUGAAUGUUUUCAUCGGAGUCUGGUCCUCCCACUUCCUCCUCUGUGUUUUGUCAUGUCUGGAUUUGCUAUUUUAGAUGUGUGGAAAUCACUAUAGACAUAUCACAUAAAGAGAAACAAAAUGGUGGUCUCUUUUCAUACUGCAGUGACAUUGGAAGCUGAAGAUGAAUGUGUAAUGCAGAGAUACUUCACCUCCCCCUGAACUGCAGCUCCCUGGCACAAAGACUCCCUCGAGCUGAACUUUCUGGCUUCUCCUAAAUGAGAGCACACACCAUCAAAAGAGGAUGUUUAAUCUAUGUUAAAUGUACUACAAUCUGAAAAAAAAAUGAAGGGACACUCCAAAUAGACUGAUCCAUUCUCUCAGUUUUUUUCUUUACUAGGUUUAUUAUUAUUAAUGUUGUUAUUUUUAUUUUCCGUCUACCUUGUUUAAUUCCCCAGGCUUACUUUUGCUAGGUUAAAAAUGAAAAGGUAAAGAACUACAGGUAUUUUAUAAAUUAUGGACCGUUAUUAAGAUGGAUUAAUUGUAUGUUAAGGCCUGAAUACACUCAGGAGACAUGAUGAGCUAUUCCUUUGUUACUUUGCAACAACAUACUGAAGAUUAUGCACAAGGGUCAACAGUUUAGUUUGAGAAGGACGCAAAGGUAAACUCUGAUACUGUUUAUCAAUGCAGUAGAGCCAGUUGAGCUGAUGUAUGGUUCUGGUAGAUCAGCUUGACUAUUCAGUUAUUUGGUUUUUUUUUGGUCUGUUUUAUACUUGAAGUGAUAGUUAACAUGGUUUCACCGAAAAACACUAUCGUACCUACACCUCAACUGGAGUGAAUUGUUUUUCUUUUUUCUUUUCUUGGAGUGUUUGUGGGGAAUUAUGAUUUGAGGUUAAACUGAUUUUGCCAAAUGUGUAUUACACAUCAAUGCAAAGUUAACAGUACUGGUACAUUUGUUUCAUAAUUUCGUAACCUCUGCCUUUUCCUUUUGACCUCAUUUGAUAUUUUUACAAGUUCAUCGUUUUGCUCUUUUUUCCCCCCGUUUUAAUUACUCUAUUAAUUUACACGCUCUUGCUAUAAACUGACCCUGUUAUCCUCUUAAGGGAAGCAAGCAAAAGCUAAUGAGAGUGGAAUUAUUUCCUAAACCAAGAAAUGUUCAUGGCAAGUCCUUAGUAGCAUCUAAACCUUAUUUUAAACAGAAUGGUAGUGUAAAGGAUAAUGCCAUUAAUUACUGCUUUAUAGUACAUCAUGUUGGGAUAAAGUGUAUUACUUUACUCACACGAUCUUACUAGAAUGAGUGCAAAAUCAGACCGUAUGUAAGCUUUAGUGUAUUCAGGCCUUUAGAGAUAAAAUGACCAGCUACCAUAUAGAUGACUUUGUAAAUAUACAGUUACUGAAUGCAGUCCACAGUUCGUCAGGCUCUCUUUACUUGCCCAUCAGUGAAAAGGUGCAACCACAGGAUCACUGCUAAUAAGGUAUUAUGUAGAUGGUCUGCCAAGACACUGACAUGGAAUCUGGCUUGUUAGUAAGUAUUGUGAUGGUGUAAUGAUAUACACCAAGUAAUUGUAUACCUACAAAGUGACCUACCUGUGGAUCUACCUGAUAAAACGGCCAAUGCAUGUAGGUAUAAAUGAACUAACUAGUGCCUGAGUGUAUUGGACCACUCUUGUAUAAGCAGCUAACAUGAUGUACAUGAUAGUCAUAGCUGGUCAGCUGGUUGUCAUAUCUCCUACUGCCUGAUAGUGGCAUUUCAAACAACAAAAAUGAGCUGUUGUAAUUCAAUCUCUACAGACAUGCAUAUAUUUUUUCCCCUGUCAUCAUAACAAAUUAAAUUUAACACGUAAGAGUUAAUGGCAGGUUAAGGAUAGUACAGAAACCAUACAUUCCUAAAGAGAUCCAAGGGGAAUCGAAC